AUGUGGGCGGGCGGCAGCGUCGCCUCGAGGACCGGCAGGAUGUCGAAGCGGUGCUGCUGGACCUCCUGCAGGGCGGCCUGCAGCUCCACCCUGGCCGCCCUCUGGAGGUCGCGGAGGGCAGAGGACCUCUCCACGUCCUUUUCCGGCACGGGCUUGCCGGUCACGGCCGCCACGUGCCAAGGGCUGUCCUUCAUGCUCUUGGCGUACAGGGGCACUGACGCGAACGCGGCCCCUGUCUGCUUCCCGAGGGGCAUCGCGUGGAUGACCCAGUCGAGGCUAAUUUUCACGCCGUUGAACACCGCGGACCACUCUCUCGAGAGCAUCGUGCUGCUCUCAGUGGCGUGGUGGUCUAUGAGCCGGUGGCCUUUCCUGCGCGACGCCUCCCCGUCGAAGCAAUACACGCUGAAGGGCAACAGAUCGUCCGCCAGCAACUUCACGCCCGCCUCCCGCAUCGCCUGA